UACGGAUAGGAAAUGGAAGGACAGAAAGGUUAGGUAAGAUGAAUAAUAAUGGAUUUUCUUUCUUCUCUUGUCACUAUUUGUUGCAGUCUGGGUUCUUCUGGCUCCACACGUUCCCUGCUACCUUCUAGUUCUUUGAGAACCUUCAUCUUCACCUUCCUGUCCAGACCCAAGGGCCGGCUGGAGCUUCGAGCACGGACUAGACCUACUCCAUGGAUCCACUCCAGAAACGUAACCCAGCGCUGAUUUCUGAAUCUUUCCUGACGACCUCUGAAGAGACUUCCCGGGAAGUCACAGCAGCCUCUCAUCCUUCCUUCUCAGGACUGCUAAUGAUGGGCAUCAGUGACCCGAACCCCCAUUCUGGCACCAGCUACUCGGCCCCUCUACCAGAGGGGCUGUUCCAGGAGCAGUACAGAGAUGAGAAAACCCUGCAAGAGAGUCAGUGGGAAAGGUCAGCAUCCCCUCAGAGGAAGAAAACAUUCCUGGGGCACAUGAGACAGAGACACCUCGAUCGCAUGGCACCUUAUUGGGUUGAAAGGGAAGCCAGAAUCUCUUCCUCAGGGGAUAGGGUUCAGAAUAGAUUCCGAUGUGAAUGUCGAUACUGCCAGAGCCGUAGGCCGAAUGUUUCUGGGAUGCCUGUGGAGAGGAAUGGGGCCCCACAUCCUUCCUCCUGGGAAACGCUAGUACAGGGCCUCAGUGGCUUGACCCUCAGCCUAGGUACCAACCGGCCCGGCCUUCUGCCAGAAGGGGUGCUCCAGCAGCAGGAGAGGGAGGAGGAGCUCCAACUGGAGAUGCGGCAGGAAAGUAAAAGAAUGUUUCAGAGGCUCCUGAAACAGUGGUUAAAAGAAAACUGAGACUCUCAUCCUCACAUGACAGAGAUCUGAACGGAUUCAGACACGGAUGUUGGUGUUGCCAGAUCCUGGGCGUGGAUUCCUUUUGGGGACCAAAGAAAUCCAAUGAUGUGUACCCAGGAAGUGACCAUGCAAUUCUUCUGAACUGAAAGUAAACUCUGCUCUCCGUUAGUCUGUGUCUUCAUGUAGUCCCCGGAGCUGUAUUGUUGCAAAAAUCUGUGAGUCUUCUGCAGACAGAAGUGGCUUGAGAACAGGUACCUUUAUUAGAUUCUGAACUUGUGAUCUCAUCAGAGAGCUUGGGAGCUCAACCGACCCUGCCAGGCUUGUCUCCCAGCUCGAGGGGAGAAGGUAAGUAAAGCAGGGCUUUUCUUUCUUGAAACUCAAAGCCCUGAAUUCAGACUGGUCAUUUGCGGUGUGUUUAGAAGGGGUAACAUGGCAUUUCAUGUUUAUUGGUUGUUUACUAGGUGUCAGACAAUAUUCUACAUAUUUCCAUAGGUCAGCUUAUUUAAUCCUCUCCCACAGACCCAUCAUUUAGCAAGAUUCAAUCCCAAUUUAUGAAGUGGGAAAGCAGAGUACAGAGCAGUUAGGGGACUUGCUCAGGGUCACACAGGCAAUAAGAGGGGGGUGGCACGCAAACCUAGGCCGACUGGAUUCAGAGCCCACGCUCUGAACCAUUCACCGCACCGUAACCUCCUUCAAGGCUGGGGGUGGAGUGCGAAGAGCUGGUGACUUCAGUGGACGAUUCACUGCUGGCAGCACCAAGUCUUGGUAAGAUACAUCAUUGGGUCCUCCCCACGGUGCACUGGGGCAGGGAUAAUAUCCCCACCUGGCAGAGUUCACAGAGGUUGUAAAGUGAUGGCCUCACUCCAGCAGCCACAUCAGGUCAAUCCUGCCACCCACAGUCUAGCCACUCAUGAAGGUUGGCAUUGUCUCUCUCUACCUCCCCGACUCCAUGCGAGGCUGGCUGUUGGGGCGGGGAAGUGAGGAGGAAUUGCAGAGCCCAUCCCUGCCCUCGGGAGUUGAGCCUUUAAUCAGAGGGAGAUCUGACACCCAUAGAUAUGGUAGACAGCCCGUCAUUGAUCCCCUGUGCGGCUCGGUUGCCAGGAGAUGAGAGGAGUGA